UUCUACUAAUCACUCAAACAUAUUAUUAUUAUUAAUCCUAAUCAUUCGUGAUAUCUCGCGCCACACGCGUUCAAAUACUUCAGGAGCGGGCAAUGACGUAGCACAAUGCGCGUUCUUGGUGCACUGCAUUGUGGGAUAGUGGCAGGCGGUGAAUGGAUGAAUGGUGACUACAGAACCACUGAAAUGGAUGUAUUCUUAAUGAUCAGGCGUCACAAAACCACAAUCUUCACUGACGCCAAAGAAUCCACAACCAUCUAUGAGUUGAAACGCAUUGUGGAGGGCAUCCUGAAGAGGUCCCCUGAGGAACAGAGACUAUACAAGUUACAAUAUUAUGUGUUUCAGGAUGAGCAGCCUCUAGAAGACAGUAAGACACUAGGAGACUCUGGCUUCACGAAUCAGACAGCCAGACCACAGGCUCCUGGGACUGUAGGACUGGCCUUUCGUAUCAGUGAGAGCAGCGUGUGACCGCCAGCCCCACCAACCACGGGAGAGCACGGCCCCACACUGCACCAGCGCACCGACAGCCAAGACGCCGAGCACCAAACCGCCUCACAGCAACGCCUAUCACCACCCUUCCUAUUUAAUAAAAUCCACCCUUCGGGGAACUUACCCUCCUUCUUGAGUCGUGUCCUCCUACACCCCGCCACACUGGUGGAGAAUGCGGGCAGGACAGUGAAGAGGACACCGACGAUCCCACCCCGCGUGCUACGAAUUGGACUGGUUUGGAUGGACUUUUUUUUUUUUCACGUUCCUUACCUCACGUGAUUUUUCUGGUUCCCCAGGUGGCGCUCCUCCCCCAACGAUGGAAGAGCUGUUGAAGUACCUCACCGAGGUGAGCAUCCGCCAGCAGCAAAUCGUGGAGCACAUGGCCGCCCGGCAGGGGGAAACCGAACGAGAGUUGGCCGCGUUUCGCCUCGCCACAGCCCCGUGAACUCCGCUACCUGACCCCCGUGUCCAGGCAACCCAGCUGCUGCCCCGGAUGACAGCCCACGAUGAUGUGACGAUGUACCUCCAGAUGUUUGAGACCGUGGCCACUUGGGAGGCGUGGCCCAAGGAGGAAUGGGCGCGCAUCGUGGCACCGCUGCUCACGGGAGAGGCUCAGCGAGCGUACUGCGCCUCCUACGAAGAUUUACGGAAGGAGAUCCUAGGACGGAUGGGGUUGUCUCCGAUCAGCGCUGCCCAGCUGUUUAAUGAGUGGACCUUCGACCCUCGGCAGCUGGCUGGGCCCAAGCUGCUAGCCUCUCCCGUUUGGCCCAACACUGGUUGCUGGCCGGGGGUCCCACUGUACACCAGGUAGCGGAGCGCGUCGUUGUCGACCGCCUCUUACGUGCUCUUCCCCGCCCGCUGCGGCGGCCGCUGGCAUGCGGAACCCGGCCAAUGUGGAUGAACUCGUCGAGGCCAUAGAGCUGGCGGAGGCCACCCAACACCGGGAGGUAGGGGAGAGAGCGCCGCCGUUUCCCCGGAGGGUGGUCCAGGAGCGACGCACGCCGGAGGGCACCCAGCGUCCGGUGAGCAGGCCGGCGGUUCCCGGCCCACAGGAUGAGCCCAUGCCCACGGAAGCUCCCCGCUCCCCAGGAUGACCUUGGCUGGCGGGCUGCGCCGUGCACACCGAAAAUGCUCCACGGGCGGAAGUAAAAAUAAACGGCCGCCCGUUCCUCGCCCUUCUGGACUCCGGCAGUGCGGUCAGUCUGGUCAGGACAUCGAUACUACCCCUGCGGACCGAAACGAAGACCAAGCUCCCUAUAACCUGUGUGCAUGGCGACACCAGAGAAGUGCCUGCGCGGCGAGUCACCAUCGCGGCGCCGACCGGCGCUUGGCCCGUAGAUGUCGGGCUCGUCCGAGACCUACCCGUACCGGUCCUACUGGGAAGAGACUGGCCAGGGUUCGACCGCCUACUCGCCACCGUCACCCAGCCCGCCAGCCCAGCCGGGAACCGCCCAACCAAGAAGCCCAGCAGGAAAGCCCGAAGACGUCCUGUGCUGCUGGCCUCUCCUCGCCCCCUCCUCCUCCUAACCUCUACUUUGACUUAUUUCAGCAGGUGACCGGGGCAGGGGGUUUCUCCAGGGAGCAGCACGAGGACGAUCGCCUCAAACACUGCUGGGCUCAGGUGAGGGUGGCCGAAGGAAAGGAGCUCCAGCCGGCACCCCACCCUAUCUUUAUCGUGGAAAAUGGCCUGCUCUACUGUGUCGCCCAGCGGCGGGGGGAGGAGAAAACCUUGCUGGUGGUCCCGCGCAGCAAGACGGAGGCGGUGAUCGAGAUCGCCCAUGCCCAUCCAAUGGCAGGCCACCUGGGAGCUCAAAAUACGGUCCAGCGCCUCCGUGACCGGUUCCACUGGCCGGGCCUAGAGGCUGAAGUCCACCGUUUCUGCCAGGCCUGCCCAACAUGCCAACGGACGUCGCCUCGGACCCCUCCCCCAGCCUGCUGAUACCGCUGCCCAUCAUAGAGGUGCCCUUCGAGUGGAUCGGGAUGGAUUUGGUGGGGCCGUUGCCGAAGUCCGCCCGGGGGCACGAACACAUCCUGGUCAUCGUGGACUAUGCCACCCGGUAUCCUGAGGCCAUUCCCCUCCGUAAAGCCACCACGAAGGCCAUAGCCUAGGAGCUAUUCACCUUGUUCAGCCGGGUUGGCAUCCCCUCCCAGAUCCUGACUGACCAGGGUACCCCCUUUAUGUCCCGGAUGAUGGCGGACGUCUGCAAGCUCCUCAAGGUCCAACAACACCACGGUGUACCACCCCCAGACCGACGGGCUCGUCGAGCGGUUCAACCAGACCCUCAAGCAGAUGCUGCGCCGAGUGGCGGCCGAAGACAAACGUGACUGGGACCAGGUGAGGCCUGGGAACAACAGCCGGCGGUACACCGGACCACUAUCGAACACGUGCGUGAGAUGAGGGAACGGAUCGACAAAGUAAUGGCCAUCUUCCGGGAACACCUCGUCAGGGCACAGCAGGCGCAGCAACGGCAUUACAACCGGGCGGCCCAACCACGGGAGUUCCAUCGAGGAGACCACGUCCUGGUGCUGGUGCCCACGGCCGCCUGCAAGUUCUUGGCCAACUGGCAGGGUCCCUACACCGUUACGGAAAAGGUAGGCCCCGUUACGUACCGUGUACGGCAGCCAGGUAGAAGGAGGGAGGAACAACUUUACCAUAUUAAUCUGCUGAAGCGCUGGGUCGGGACCGGGCUCCAGCUCUCCGCCUACACCAGCUCAACUCCCGUGGUUGUGGAUAUGGACCCCCAACUCUCCGCCGCCCAGAAGUCGGAGCUGUAGCACCUGGUCAGUCAGUUUCCGGAUGUGUUCUCCCCCCAGCCUGGGCGGACCCACGUCUUGGAGCACGACGUCCGCACACCACCGGGGACCAUCGUCCGGCAGCGGCCCUACCGUGUCCCGGAGGCUCGGCGACACGCCAUGGAGGAGGUACAGGAGAUGCUGAGGUUAGGGGUAAUUGAACCAUCGCGCAGCCCAUGGUCCAGCCCCAUCGUCAUGGUUCCGGAGCCCGACGGCACCCUCCGCUUCUGAUCAAGGCGGCCCUCACCACGGAACCGGUCCUCCGUGCCCCCGACUUCAACCGCCCCUUCCUGCUGCAGACUGAUGCGUCAGACACUGGGUUGGGAGCUGUCCACUCACAGGGCCACGACGGUGAGGAACACUCGGUGAUGUUCAUCAGCCGAAAGCUGACCCCUGCAGAACAGCGGUGCGCCACGGUAGAGAGGGAAGCGUUGGCCGUCAAGUGGGCAGUCCUGGAGCUCAGGUACUACCUCCUCAGCCGCCACUUCACCCUCCUGACCGACCACGCACCCCUGCAGUGGAUGGCCCUGGCUAAGGAGACCAACGCCAGGGUGACGCGGUGGUUCCUGGUGCUCCAGGACUUCAACUUCACCGUCCAACACCGAGCGGGGACGGCCAACGCCGACGGACUCUCCCGCCUGUGGUCAGCUUUCGCAGGUCUGUCAGGCUCCACUCCCCGCCCUCCCCCGAUCUCCCCGCUUCUCCAGAGGACUAGGACGAUGCUUGGGGGGGGAGUGUGACACGUGUCCCGAGCUCUCAUCAGCGUCGCCCUGGAAACGGAGCGGGCACACCUGCACCCGCUCAUCACGGGCUGAGCGGCCACACCUGCGCCCCAUCAGACACUGCUCUCAUAAACCCUGCAACCCAGCACAGAGGUGAGAGAUGUCUCCACAAGACUCGGCUAAAACUUGUCUUUCCCUUUGC